AGCUGCCCCUACCUCUCGGGGGUCUGAACGGAACCGAUGUUGCUGGUCUAGCGGGAUUGACGUGACUCGUGCGGUUCGGAAAAGAGCCCAAACUCCUUCCCGAGAGGAAGUUGUGCUGACGCCGCACCCGUCGCCAUGGUGACCAAAAAAGUCAGAACGGAGUACAUGAAGAAGUUCCGGGAGCCCAAGUGGGAGACCUUCUCCAAAUGCUACGAAGACUCGCUCAAGUACCGCCUGACCCGGCGGGUCAUGGAGCACUCGCAUAAGCCCUGGUUCUGGGAGGGCUGGGAGGGCGGCUCAGUGCUGUCCAGCGGCUGGUCCACGCCCCGGCCCGGACGCAACCGGGUGGCGCCGCUGCUCCACGAGACGAACGGGCUGAGGUCCGGUCCCGAUGCCGAGCCACCGUCGGGUCGCGGCGAGGAGGAGGCGGUGGUGGCAACGGAGGUGGCAGAGGUCGAUGCCGCAGCACCAGAAGGUGACAUAACUGAACGUGCGCAGACAGCAAACGUCGCCUCUCCUCCUCCAAACAUCAGCGGCGCCUCCGACGAGCUGGACACCGACGACGGUCCGCUGGACUCGCCGGACUCAAAUGGGGAUCCCGCCAAGCCGGCGCCCAUACAGAAGCGCCGCCGCCGCCGCCGCACGCCUCGCUCGGAGCAGGGACUUCAGGAGGGUUGCCACGGCAACAAGUCGCGCAGCGACCGCAAACCUCAGCGGGCCAAGAGCCAGCCGCCACAAGGGGGCGCCAGGGACAACCCGUGGACCCGGUGCGAAGACACACACGCCAGGAAAGCCACAACGCCCGGCGACAGCGAGCGUUGUGACGCGUGCGUCCAGACGACGACGCGUCCUCCCGACAAGCGCUCGGCCACCUCGGAUCGUCGACGCGCUCGCUCGGCAGACCUGGAGAAGCUGAGACACUCGCAGCAACACCACGUGACCACCUCCGCCACUGUGAUGGCGGUGGCGGACGAGCGCUGGGUGACGGAGUAUAUGCGCUGCUUCUCCGCACGCCUCAGGUAGAGCAGGCCACGCCUCUAAAAAAACAAAAACAAACAAAUACAUUGGAGGUGACAUGUGUGGAUGGAACAGCCUGAUCAGGAACUUGUCGUCAUUUUGAAAAAGUCUAAAGCACAUUUGUACUCCAAGUCGUCAACAUUCCACAAUAGGCAGUCCCUUUUCGAUCCAAAUCAUACAACACCCCCACAUCUUUGAAAUGUGUUUUUUAAAAUUAGAAAACAGUAUACUAGCAGUUAUUCUCCACCAGUGGGUCAGGGCAGCUCUGGGUUGCUACACCGUUAAGUCAGUUAAAAUGUCAGUCCUUUAAAGGUUCGUAACUACGGGGAUAUUGAUGCUCGUUUUUGUUAGCCUAUCAAUGGUCUUUCUCAUUAUGUGUUAGCAUUAACCUAGUCGUCUUUUGUAAGACAAAGUUAUGUGGUUUGGUUAAACACACAAGAUGUAGUUCUCUUUGUUCCGUUUUGCAGUGAACUUCAACUGGGAGCGGCAAUAAACAGCUUGAAACAAGCAGUUGCCCUCUAAUGAAGAAUUGUUCAGAAUCUGCCCAGCUGCUCGCUCAGGGAGGGCAAAAUAGCAUGCUUCGGAAAAAGUUCACUUGUAAACAACAAAAAAUGAGGGUUCGUAAUUUGAAGUCAUAUGUCAAGGUGGACGACUGGUUUAGAGCGUCUGCCUCACAGUUCUGAGGUCCGGGGUUCAAUCCCAGACCCCGCCCGUGUGGAGUUUGCAUGUUCUCCCCGUGCCUGCGUGGGUUUUCUCCGGGCACUCCGGUUUCCUCCCACAUCCCAAAAACAUGCAUGCUAGGUUAAUUGACAACUCUAAAUUGCCCGUAGGUGUGAAUGUGAGUGCGAUUGUUUGUAUGUGCCCUGCGAUUGGCUGGCGACCAGUUCAGGGUGUACCCCGCCUCCUGCCCGAUGACAGCUGGGAUAGGCUCCAGCGCGCCCGCGACCCGAGUGAGAAGCGGCUCAGUUGAUGGAUGGACGUCAAGGUGCCACUGUAUUACAACGUAUUUUCAAAAUAAAUUGUGCACAUUUUAAUUCUUCAAGCAGAGCUUCAAAUUUAUUAAUCAUUAAUAUAAUCAAUUCAUUAUAGGUUGCCCCCCCCAGGUAUUUACACAUCUUGGAUUAUUAUUACUAUUCACUGAAAAACUCACCUAUUUGCACUCAACCCAAAGGUCUAAUAUAAAAGUGAUUUGGCGCCAUUUUGAGGCAUAUAUGACCAAUUACAAGAAAUAUUUUAGCGAGGGGGGAGGAAUCAAUAAUGCGCUGAUUUUCACUAUUUUCACCCUUGCAAAUAGUGGAGGAACACCUAUAACUGAAAAGUAGGAUUCACAUCUACAUAGUUGAUUUAUUACUCAUUUAUUGUAUUAUUGCACGGUGACCGACUGGUUAGCACAUCUGCCACACAGUUCUGAGGACCGGGAUUCAGAUCCCGGCCCCGCCGGUGUGGAGUUUGCAUGUUCUCCCCGAAGGGUUUUCUACGGGUACUCCGGUUGCCUCCCACAUCCCAAAAACAUGCAUGGUAGGUGGACUGAAGACUUUAAAUUGCCCAUAGGUGUGAACGGUUGUUUGUUUAUAUGUGCCCUAUGAUUGGCUGUCGACCAGUUCAGGGUGUAUCCCGCCUCUCGCCCGAAGAUAGCUGGGAUAGGCUCCGCCACACCUACAACCCUAGUGGGUAUAAACGGUACAGAAAAUGGAUGGAUUAGUUCACUUACUGUGCUUCUUUUAAUCCAACGGGGAAAUUUAAUUAAAGGCGGUUUAAAAAUAGCUGCAGAAGUGACUAAGAAAUCAAAUCAAUUUGGUAUUAAGCAAAGGAUUAUCAGUAUAUCAAUGAUUUUAUUUAUAUAUAUAUUAAUGUACUGCAUUUAUCCAUUUACGGUACUUUUUAAUCAUUUAAGGGGAAAUGUUAUUAACGUACUAAAUUCCCCUAAUUACAUUUAGUAAUAAAAUAUGAAUCUAGGGAGAAUUCGUAUCAAAUUUGAAAAAAAAAAAACUAUUUUUGUAUUGUGCAAAUUUUAAAAGACCAACAAUGAGUAAUAAAUAAUUGACAACCUAUAUAUAUAUAUAUAUAUAUAUAUAUAUAUUUUAAAAAAUGGUUUAAAAUAUUGUAUUUGUUUUAGUGUACUCUUGAAUUUCAGUUGAAAUUAGUACAAUAUUUUUUUUAGACUAACUUUAAUCCCUUAAGUGAAAACUUCAGGUGCAGAGGCUUUUUGUCCGGCAGACCUCAAAAUUGUGUGCACGCGCACUGAUGCUGCUGUCCAAACUAUGCAAACACACAAACAUGUUGAAUAUGCUGGACAAAUUUAUGAAUCGUGAUUGUGUGACAAGACUACUGUAUUGUACUAUGUAUGUAUAUUUAAUGUUUUAGAUGUUAAAUGUGUUUGACUUGAGAAACAAACAUAAGUGCAUUUUCAAAGCCUUUAACUGAAACUAUUGCUAAUUAGCACUGUUUUUAAUUUAGAUGUAAAGAAUGUUUCAACACCACACUAAAUGUGUAAUUUUUUUUCCAAGUCCAUUUUGAGUUUCUACUUCUGGUGUGCGUGAACGUAGCGUCACCGACAGAACAGGAAGUACACGCCCUCUCAUGUUUACAUUGACACUUUCCUUCACUUGACUUUUGACGUUACUAUAAAGUUGUGAAUAAAACGAACAUUUAAACAAAUCCACCAUUUGCUUUUACUAACACACAUUCAACAGCGUCCAUUUCGAAAGCUCAUACAUCCAAUAUAUUGGGGGAGAUUAAAAUUAACU